AUGUUCCGAGGGCCUGGAAUAAUUGACAGACUGGAAAGCCGUGUUUCCAUCGAGAUCCUUCAUAAUCAUCAGCCCUUGCGCUCUGCAUCCUUCAUCCGCCCACGCGGGAUCGGGGUCUCAUUAUGGGGUGAAAGCAGGGAGGUCGGCUUGAAGGGCCUGAAGGCGCGUUUGCAGGCACGCGUGCAGGUGCGCGUGCAGGUGCGCGUGCAGGCGCGCGUGCAGGCGCGGGGAGAUCUCGAUGGGGUCGUCGACGUGGACGAGUGCUCGGAGAGCAACGGAGGCUGCGAGGCGACCUGCGAGAACACGCCAGGCUCCUUCGUCUGCGCCUGCCCCACCGGCCACCGGCUCGCCUCGAACGGCAGGUCCUGCGUUGACACGAACGAAUGCCUGAGCAACAACGGGCACGGCCCCUGUCAGGACGCCUGCCGCAACACCCCCGGCAGCUACACCUGCACCUGCGACGGCCUCCCGGGGACCCAACUGGCCCCCGACGGCCACACCUGCGAGGACAUCGACGAAUGCGCCGCCGACAACUUCGGCUGCUCGCACAGCUGUCUCAACACCGUGGGCACGGCCUUCUGCACCUGCCCGCCGGGGUUCAUGCUCACCGAGGACUGGAAGACUUGCGCUGAUAUCAACGAGUGCGACGUCCCAGAGUUUGCUCAAAAUUGCACUCACGGCUGCCGCAACACCCUCGGCUCCUACACGUGCCUGGGCCCCGACUCCCCCCCGACCCCCGCCCCCAUCCAAGAGACCCAAGUGGAAGUCUCCCCCGAGCGCGACUACGACGAGGAAAAAGAGAAGAGCUACCAGUACGAGGAAGGCGGGGAGUACAACGAGACCUACGACUACUACGAGGAGGAAAACGACUACGGGGACCGGAGGGCGAGGCCCGGGACCGAAGCGACUCCGGGUGGAGGGAAGGCGAGGCCCGGGACCGAGGCGACUCCAGGUGGAGAGCGGGUGAGGCCUGAGACCGAGUCAGAAAUUCAUGGCAAAGGGAAGGAGGCAGAAGAUGAAGAAAAGGAAGGGGAUGAAGACGGUGAAGGGGACGAAGAAGGCGAGGAAGAGGAAGGAGGAGGAGAAGGCGAGGAAGAGGACGAGGAAGAGGACGCAGAAGAAGAUGACGAGGAAAAAGACGGUGAGGAAGAAGAUGACGAGGAAGUUGAAAAAGUUGAGGAAAAACAGAAGUCAGAAAAAGAGGAAGAAAAGCAAAAGGUGGAAAAAGAGGAAGAAGAAGCGGAGGAGAAAGAAGAGGAGGAAGAAGAAGCGGAGGAGACAGAAGAGGAGGAAGAAGAAGCGGAGGAGAAAGAAGAAGAAGGAAAAGAAGAGAGAAAAGAAGAGGAAGAAAAAGAAGAGGGAGAAAGAGAGGAGGAAGAAAAAGAAGAGGAAGAAAAAGAAGAGGAAGAAAAAGACGAGGAAGAAAAAGACGAGGAAGAAAAAGACGAGGAAGAAAAAGAAAAAGAAGAGGAAGGAAAAGAAGAGGAAGAAAAAGAGGCAGAGGAGGAAAAAGAGGAGGGAGAAAAAGAAGAAAAAAAAGAGGAAGAGGAAGAAGAAGAAUCAGAAGAUGAUGAGAAAGAAGAAACAGAGGAAGAGGAAGAGGAAGGAGAAGAAGAAACAGAGGAAGAGGAAGGAGAAGAAGAAACAGAGGAAGAGGAAGGAGAAGAAGAAACAGAGGAAAAGGAAGGAGAAGAAACAGAGGAAGAGGAAAGGGAAACAGAAGAGGAGGACCGGAUCAGCAACGAGAUCCCCCACGAGCCAAAAGCCCCCACCCGCCCCGAGCCCGAGACGAAGCCGGACCACCCAUCCGAGCCCAAAGUUCCAAUAUGGGACGAGGACGGUGAAACCGACAAGUUCGACCAAGACGUGGUGCAGGUGGUGACGAAGGAACCACUCGAAGGCUUCGUCACCUACGCCGUCACCUUCCCCCCGCCGGACGACGUCUCCACCGACGAGGAAGACCCCCACCCCGCUGGCGCUGGAGAACACCCCAACGCCAUCCACAUCCCGCGCGGCAGACUCGACGGGAACGAGAAAUCCAACGAGCUGGGGACCUUCGACGAGGAGGAAGGCAGCGGCGGGGAGGUCGACACCGCGGAGCCCUUCCACGAGACCUGCGAUCGCGGCUUCGCCUUCAUCCCGCUGAUCGGAUGCGUCGACGAGGACGAGUGCGCGAACGAGAACUUCGGGUGCUCGCACGAAUGCGUGAACACUCCGGGCUCCGCCAGGUGCGACUGUCCCGUCGGCUACGCCCUCAGCAGGGACGGGAAAAAUUGCCAAGACGUGAACGAAUGCGACUCGGAGGAGCGGGGAGGCUGCUCCGAGGAUUGCGUGAACACGGAGGGGAGCUACCGGUGUGCGUGCCCGCCGGGGUACCAGCUGGCCGGGGACGGGAGGACGUGCGAGGACGUGGACGAGUGCAGGCGGCGGUUGCACGAUUGUAAGAGGAUCUGCGAGAACACGCCGGGGUCGUACGUGUGCAGGUGUCCGAGGGGGUAUACGGUGCAGGGGAAGGGGUGUCUCGACGUGAACGAGUGCGAGGAGGGGAACUUCGGGUGUUCGCAUCGUUGCGUGAAUCUGCCGGGAUUCGCCUACUGCUCCUGUCCGACGGGGUUCGCCCUCGGCGAGGAUCGCAAGACCUGCAGAGACGUGGACGAGUGCGCGGACGACCCUUGCCCGGGUCGCUGCGUGAACACGGAGGGGUCGUACCGCUGCGAGUGCGACUCGGGAUUCGAGAUGGUCGACGGGACCUGCCGAGAUGUGGACGAGUGCUUGGGGAAGCCAUGUUCCGGGGGGUGCGUGAACACGGAGGGGUCGUAUCGGUGCACGUGUGAGCCUGGGUAUGCAGUCGGUCCGGGCGGAGCAUGCGUCGACGUGGACGAGUGCCUGUCACGCCCCUGCCCGGAGUCUUGCGUGAACACGGAAGGGUCGUACCGGUGCGUGUGUCGCCGGGGAUUCCGCUUCCUCGAGGGACGAUGCGUCGACGUAGACGAGUGCGAGACCAACCCCUGCGAGGGAGAGUGCGUGAACACGGUCGGGUCGUACAGAUGCGCCUGCAGCGCCGGCUACGAGGACCGGGACGGACGGUGCAUCGAUGUGAACGAGUGCGAGAGGCAUCCGUGCAAGUUGGGGGCUUGCGUCAACACCCCGGGGUCCUUCCUAUGCCUCUGCGAGGUGGGAUUCGAGAUGAGAGACGGUCGCUGUCAAGACGUGGACGAAUGCGCGAAGGACAACGGGGGAUGCCAGCAGGUCUGCGAGAACACGCCGGGCUCCUUCCGGUGCAAGUGUCGGCCGGGAUUCCAACAGGAUUAUAACGACCCGAAGCGGUGCAACGACAUGAACGAGUGCACGGUGAACAACGGGGGCUGCAACCAGGACUGCAUCAACACGAAGGGGAGCUACUUCUGCGCCUGCAGCGAUCACUUCACCCUGGACGCGGACAAGUUGACGUGCAAAGGCAAGUUUAGCGCAGAGAGCUUCAAGAAGAGCGAGGGAUGCAUGGUGCUGCGACCACCGAGGCACGGGGAGCUCCGGUGCCACCGUCGGCACCGCGGCGGGAGCAAGUUCGUCUACCCGCCUGGCACCUGGUGCAAGGUGAACUGCCGGCACGGGUACAAGCUCAGCGGGUCCACCUAUCGGUCGUGUGGGCACGAUGGCAAGUGGAGGGGGGAGGCGGCCGUGUGCCUCGCCCCCGAGGUGCCGUCCUGCCGACCCCUCGAGCCCCCCGCCCACGGCCGGAUCGACCCGGCCGGCUGCGGCCGGGGCCGCACGAGGGCGGACCAAAAGUGCGUCAUCACCUGCGCCCCCGGCUACAAACUCGUCGGCGGCGGGCCCAUCCUCCUCUGCCAGCACAAUGCCACCUGGUCCGUCCACGGGAACUCGCUUCGCUGCGAGAAAGCGCCCCGACUCACAACCACAACCACAGCCACAACCACAACAGCGACCACAUCAACCACAUGGACCCACAGCAAAUCGUCCUUCCCCCGACUCUUUAUCCCCCGCCCUUCCCCUCCGUCCAGGCAUUACAUUGACUUCCGCUACGAAUUCCCAAAGCCAUCGAUCCAUUGCCCCCCUGACAUCCGGCUGAAGCUAGCCCCUCGCGAAAGCAAGAAAGAGGUGGAAUUUGAUCAUCCGGAUACAAACGUCGACCGCAGAUACGUGGAGGCAGAUCCUCCGUGGGCGAAGAACCUGAAAGGGGAAGUGGGGGCAGGGAAGACGUUGAUCACCUUCCGGGCCCGAAGUCCCAUCUCCAACACCACCGCCAUAUGCUCCUUCACCGUUUACGUCGCCGACGAGGAGCCUCCCCAGGUGUUCGGGUGCCCCUCGCCCUUCAAGGUGGCCCUUCCCAUCGGUCGCGUGAACCAGAGGGUCUCGUGGGAGGAGCCCCGCUUCGUCGACAACGUCGCGGUCGUCCACAUCUGGAAGAACCAGGCCCCGGGGAUGGAGCUGUCGGCGGGGAAGCACAGCAUCUACUACGUGGCCGCGGACGAGGCCGGGAACAAGGCCAGGUGCCACUUCACGAUCGAGCUCACCUCUGUUUCUGCACCAUCAGCCUCAUCUGGUUGUCUGCCCGGGUUCGAGGCCAGGGAGUAUCAUAAGAGGCUAUGCGUCGAGCGAAUGGAGUCCCAUGUGUCACCUGUCCUCUGGGAUCCUUCCAGUCUCGCUCUCGCAGCGCAUCAUGUCAGGCAUGCCCACUGGGGAAGACAACGAAAUACGUGGGGAGCACCUCACUCGAGGACUGCAUUUAGUCCGUUCUACACCCCACCCUACCUCGUGCCCUUAUACAGACUCCCGCCUUUCGGUCGGACGUAUCACGCCUACGGGACUUGAACAAAAAAAUAAAAAGAAAGAAGCAAAAAUAAAAGUGAAAGACGAAUAUUAAAAAAAGAAACCUUAAGAGUGAUAUGCAAGAGCUAGCGCCAGGCGUGCUACCUAGGAAUCCCAAUUCCUGCGACUGUGAUACCAGAGCCAACCGCGACAUCCUCCCACAGACUCGCACAGUUAACUCCCCCUCGACCACCCUGCGUGUGUUCACCUGCGGCCGCGUGCGUUCACCUGCGACCGCGGCCGUCCAGUGUGCCUUCCCACGCGAUGCGUCCAGACGACCUGCCUCCCGCCGACCUGCGUCCAGACGACCCGCGUCCGGACGCUCUGCCUCCGCUUCGUAAAUCGCCUACCUUCAGUUCUUCUAGUCUGCCGUACGGUGGCCACGCUACCGAUGCCACAGUCUUAAUAUAUUGGAAUCAGUGUGACUCGUAGGGAAUUGAGCGUCGUUGAAAGUUCCGAGCAAGCCGUGGAAUCGAACGAUGAGUGUUAGGCACGUUCUUGAAAUAAAGGAUUCUGACGAUGUCGGACGGUCGUGUCUUCUCACUCCAUGCAUCCCAGUGAAAGUGAAAGAUGACAUGACCGUGCGAACAUUUUUCGAGAGGGGCCGACGGCUGGUCGGAGUUCCGAGUUCACUUCAGCAGUUUUUUUUAUGUGAAAUCCAAAAUUCCUUCUUGUCUGCUUGGUGAGGCUGCGAAUGCAGUCGAUCGCGGAAUUCAUCAGGUAGAAGAUUCACCAUGACAGGGCCUUCUAUAUACUGAUAGAAGGCCCUGUCAUGCUCGCCGCAGCGAAGGACUUCGAGCCCUCAUGUAACUCAACGGCUCCAAAAAUCCGAGUCCACCGAGGCGGUUCGUCUUCUUUUUUGUCAUGGUGAAACGGAAUAAAGAUUAUGCCA